AUGGGUCAGGAUGCAUCAAUGCCUAAUAAGGGCAGAAAGAAGGACCAUAAUAAGAAGAAGCAGAAGCCAAAGUACGAGCCACCGGUUCAAUCAAAAGCGUUUGGAAGAAAAAGUAGAAAAGGACCAAAUGCCGCACUGAAGCUCCCAACAGUUUUGCCGAACACGAGGUGUAAGCUUCGGUUGUUAAAACUUGAACGUAUUAAAGAUCAUCUUUUAUUGGAAGAGGAAUUUGUUACAAAUCAAGAGAAUUUACAACCGACUGACCAAAGACAAGCGGAGGAGAGAGAAAAGAUUGAUGAUGUUAGAGGCUCACCGAUGUCCAUUGGAACACUUGAGGAGAUUGUUGAUGAUGAUCAUGCGAUAGUUUCAUCCGCAACAGGUCCAGAGUACUACGUUUCCAUUUUAUCAUUUGUGGAUAAGAGUCUCUUAGAACCAGGAUGUCAAGUUCUUCUUCAUCAUAAAACUGUGUCUGUUGUUGGAGUUUUGCAAGAUGAAUCAGAUCCGAUGGUAAAUGUUAUGAAAAUGGAUAAAGCACCAACAGAAUCUUAUGCUGAUGUUGGUGGUCUUGAAUCGCAAAUACAAGAGAUAAAAGAAUCGGUGGAACUUCCACUUACACAUCCGGAAUUAUACGAAGAGAUGGGAAUCAAACCACCAAAAGGAGUUAUUUUAUAUGGACCACCAGGUACAGGAAAAACACUUUUGGCAAAGGCUGUUGCAAAUCAAACCAGUGCUACAUUCCUUCGUAUUGUCGGCUCUGAAUUGAUCCAAAAAUACCUUGGUGAUGGUCCGCGCCUUUGUAGGCAACUUUUCAAGGUUGCCUCUGAAAAUGCCCCAGCAAUCGUUUUUAUAGAUGAAAUUGAUGCUAUCGGUGCAAAGAGAUAUGACUCCAGUUCUGGAGGUGAGAGAGAGGUGCAGAGAACACUUUUGGAGUUGUUGAAUCAGUUGGAUGGUUUCGAUGAUCGUGGAGACGUCAAAGUUAUUAUGGCAACAAAUAAAAUUGAAAGUUUAGAUCCAGCAUUAAUUAGGCCAGGACGUAUUGACAGAAAAAUUAAGUUUGAAAAUCCAGAUCCAGCUACGAAAAAGAAGAUUCUACAGAUUCAUACUUCUAAAAUGAAUCUUGCCCCAGAUGUCAACUUGGAUGACGUGAUUAGUUCAAAGGAUGAUUUGAGUGGAGCAGAUAUUAAGGCUAUAUGUACAGAAGCCGGAUUAUUGGCUUUGAGGGAAAGAAGAAUGCAGGUCACCUCCGAAGAUUUUGUCAAAGGUAAAGAAAGAGUGAUGAAGAAUAAAAUCGACACAAACUUGGAGAGUUUGUAUCUAUAA